CACAUCCGUGUGCGCACUCAGAGUGUGUUCGAGUGUGUGUGAGUGUGUGUGAGAUAGAGGAUGAGGUGACCACUUUCCUCUCACUCUCCGAGCUUCAGAAGGGAUUGUUCAGACUGCUGUUGGACAUGCCACCCCAAAUGGAUUAUUUUUACCAAGAGGCGCACGUUCCGCCGGUGUGUAUAGAGCCGGGGCACGAGCACGCGCACGAGCACGCGCAUUCGCCGAAUUCGGACCCGGAGCCGGUGAUCAGCUGCAUGCUGGUGGGAGAUGGAGCUGUGGGCAAAACCAGCAUGAUCAUCAGCUACACCAACAACGGAUACCCUACUGACUACAAACAGACCGCCUUUGACGUUUUUUCAGGACAAGUACAAGUUGAUGGAGCACCUGUUCGGAUCCAGCUCAUGGACACGGCAGGACAGGAGGAGUUUGACGGCUUUCGCUCGCUGUCCUACGCCCAAAUGGACGUCUUCCUGCUCUGCUUCAGCGUCGUCAACCCGACUUCCUUCCAGAACAUCACCAAGAAAUGGAUCCCGGAGAUCCGCUCGUGCAACCCGACGUCUCCUAUCAUCCUGGUCGGGACUCAAUCCGAUCUCCUGCUGGAUGUCAAUGUUCUGAUAGACUUGGACCGUUGUAAGGUGAAGCCCGUGCUCGGUUCCCGGGCUCGGAGCCUGGCUGAGAAGAUCCGCGCUACGGAGUACGUGGAGUGCUCGGCUCUGACGCAGAAGAACCUGAAGGAGGCUUUCGACGCCGCCAUUUUCGCAGCCAUCAAACACAAGGCCAGGAAGGCCAAGAAGACGAGACUGUCGGACAGGCGCACCAAAGCGUUUUCCAAAUGCAGCUGGAAAAAGUUCUUCUGCUUCAUCUGAUCCUGUGGGUCAAACCCUCUGCACUGUGGUGUAAUUUAUUAUUUAUUAAUCCGGACUUUUUCGGAUCGAGGAACACCGUCCCUGAACCGAUACGUUCACGAUGCACGUGAGGCGAAAGAACACUAAACACGACCGGAGUUCCAUUUAAUCAAUACGGGAAAAUACUGAACAUGCAGGUGAUUGUUUUCCCAUAAAAAACUCUCCCUGGAGUGGUUUAUUCCCUUCAUACCGCAGCGAUGUGGCGAGGAUUACGAGUUCGGAACGAACGAUUUUUAUUCGGUGAAAUUUGCAGAACAGCGUACGCAUGUUCCUACUUCCAUUAUAGCAGCGAUAAACGUCCUUUCCCUCUCCAGGGGCUCGUGUUUCCGACAACAGACCUCAUUUUUCUGAAGAAAAAAAUCGUCAAUUGGGAGAAUGUCGGCUAAAAUAAUCAUUUUUACUUGCAUUAUAGCAGCUAUAAACGCCCCUUCCCUCAUCAAAGUCUAAUUCUCAGAAAUAUUUUGAAUUUUAGCAGCAAUACAUGCCCUUUCCCUAACCGGAGUCUUAUUUUUUACGACAAUAAAACGAGUUUUAGAGGAAAAAAGCGUCACGUGGAGGAACUGUUUUACUUACUUUAUAGCAGCGAUAAACGCUCAUCCUCUCAUCGUAGUCUCAUUUGUCUCAAGACAAAAAAACUUUGUUUGAGGAGGAAAAAAUAACGUCAAUCGGUGGAACAUCAGCUAAAGAUAAAAAUGUUUUACUUGCUUUAUAGCAGCGAUAAACGUCCCUCCUCUCACCAGAGUUUCUUUUUUUCAAUACAAAAAAUAUCGUUUAGGUGGAAAAGCAAGUCGAGGCACGUCAGCCGAACAAAUAAUUUUUACUUACAUUGUAGCAGCGAUAAACGUCCCCUCUAAAACUCUCCCUCUUUUUAGCUUCUGAAAACAUUGAAAUGUCUUUUGCCCUCUGACACUGGAGACUCCUUCCAUAAAUCUCAAAUCGUAUGGAUUUUCACUUAAAGAAACCCCAGUAACAACAAAAAUUAUAUUCAGGUGCGUAACCGUACCUAGUAAUCUAAUCUAAUAAAAAAGUAACUGAUUUAAAAAAAAAAAGAAGAGAAAAAAACAGAAUAGAGGAA